AUGGCGCCCUUGGCUCAGACCCUGGCACUGCUGGCAAUGACCGUGGCCACUGCAGCCGUCAAGGUGGUGCCCCUGGACAUGGCCCAGAACUCCUUUGAUGACCAGUAUGUGAACUGUGGCCCUGCCAUGACUGAGGCCUUGCCAGCCCUCAAGGGCUCUGACUUCCAGGACAACCCUCUUCUUGCUCAGGCCUGGGAGAAGGCUACGGUCGAGUGGCAGAUGAUGGGGUCCGAUUCAUCCAUUCUGACCAAAGACCAAGCCAUUGCCCUCAUGGCCUACACAAUGGGGGACAUCUACAGGGACUUCAACGCAGCUGUGCGCAUGGCUGGGAAGUCCCGCCAGGAAUACCGAAACAACUUCCGCUUCAAAACGCUGCAUUUCCUGCUAACCCAGGCCCUCCAGAAGCUGAGACGCCCUGAUGAGUGUCCAGAUGUGUUCCGUGGGGUGAGGACAGUCCAGUUCAAUGUGACAGCUGGUGAUAAAGUCCGCUUUGGUCAAUUCACUUCGUCGUCGCUGGACAAAACGGUGGCCCAGGGUUAUGGGAACGUCACAAUGUUUGAGGUGCACACAUGCCAUGGAGCAGACAUCCAGAAAUUCUCCUUCAAUCCAAGCGAGAAGGAGGUGCUGAUCCCACCCUUUGAGACCUUUGAGGUCACCAAAGUCACCAGGGAAGGGAAGACGGUGCAGAUUGAGCUUCGCUCCACCGGGAACUUCAGCAACUACAACUGCGAGUGGCUGCGAGGUGGGAGCCUCCCCAGGAAAUUCCCCCAGCUUGGGGGGCUUCUCCUGGCCACCGUGGCCAUGGCAGUGGCCAUUGGAACCCUCUGAGCCAUGAGGCCACCAAGGUCACGGUGGUCCUGGGGGCCACUGUGGUCACCAUGAGCAUGAAGGCCACCAAGACCCCCAGGGAA